GAAUGACCCGUGUUUUUCAAAUACCGCACAAAGAUCAAACACCUGACAUUGAACUGGCCUUGCGUUGAACUGGCCUUGCAUCAUCCCACUCAUCCUCGACACUUUUGAUUCGACAGGCAAUUCUUUGUCUCCUCAUGAAUCAUACGGCUGCUAGCUGUCCACCGCGCCUCUAGAUCGAUCGUUGAACCCUGUCCACGAUUACAAUUCCCGAUUUUCCCCUCCAAUAUUGAAUACCGUACGCUUUGGACCUUUCAACACGCGUGCAGGAGGACAAUCGGAGUUAACCAGAAAGAUUUCCUCUUUCGGACAUAUCUCAACCCUCCAAACACCACACUACGACAUGCCACCAACUCAAUUGCCCGCAUCGGGGAACCCUCUAGUCUUCUUUGAUAUCACAAUUGGAGGUGAGCCACUCGGUCGAAUCCAAUUUGAGCUCUUCGCCGAUGUAGUUCCCAAGACGGCUGAAAAUUUCCGGCAAUUUUGUACCGGCGAAACCAAGAAUCAUCUUGGUAGACCGCAAGGAUACAAAGGCAGCAAAUUCCAUCGCAUUAUCAAGGAUUUCAUGUGUCAGGGUGGUGAUUUCUUGAAUGGUGAUGGCACGGGCUCGACUUGUAUUUAUGGAUUGAGCAAAUUCGAUGACGAGAAUUUUACUCAUAAGCAUACGGAACCGGGACUUUUGUCGAUGGCGAAUGCUGGUCCAAAUACCAAUGGCUCUCAAUUCUUCAUAACCACAGUCCCAACCCCCUUCCUCGACAACAAACAUGUCGUCUUUGGCAAAGUCAUCGAAGGAAUGGACGUCGUCCGCAAGAUGGAAAAUACUCGCACAAAUCCAAAGGAUGCACCGCAAUUACCCGUCGUCAUUUCUUUAUGCGGAGAAAUGUAAAUGGAGAGGUGGAUUUCAGAUAAUUUGUAAACGCGAUGGGACUUUUUCACAUAGAUAGGGUUUCUCCAUGAUACAGCGAGCUGAGAAAUUCUUUUCGAGGAAGCACGACAGAUGUCAGAUCUCAACGUGUUAUAUCAUAUGGAUACGGAGAUAUAGUAUGGAGAUAGUGGAGGAUCAGAUAGACAAUCCCUUCUUGUUUGUUUGUUAAUCCAUAUUCUCUCCUCUGGCAUACAAAACACAUCGUUCGUCUUGAUAUGAUCAUUACGUUUUUCCUCGAAACUCCCAAUUGUUAAACUGCAAACACACA